CAGAAAAAACGGAGGAACCCCUUUUUCCUCUUUUUUUUUUUCCCAUACAAAAUUCUUUAUUAAUUUUCUGCAGCUGCAGCAUUUGGAAAGAAAUCCCCAGAUAUUUGAAUUUGAGGACAAGAACAAGAAGGAAAGAUGAACGAUGCAGAUGUGUCAAGGCAGAUACAGCAAAUGGCCAGAUUCAUCCGUCAAGAGGCGGAGGAGAAGGCCAACGAGAUUUCUGUCUCCGCCGAGGAGGAAUUUAACAUCGAGAAGCUGCAAAUCCUGGAAGCUGAAAAGAAAAGGAUCAGACAAGAAUUCGAACGGAAGACUAAGCAAGUUGAUAUACGGAGGAAGAUCGAGUACUCGAUGCAGCUGAAUGCGUCGCGUAUAAAAGUUCUUCAAGCACAGGAUGAUAUUGUGAAUUCCAUGAAAGAAUCUGCUAGCAAGCAACUUCUGCGUGUUUCGAACAACAAGAAGGAAUACAAGAAGCUUCUCAAGGAUUUGAUUGUUCAGAGUUUAAUCCGACUGAAGGAGCCAGCAGUUCUGCUCCGAUGCAGAGAGGUUGACCGUAAGAUUGUCGAGUCGGUUCUGGAGGAUGCAAGCCGCUUAUAUGCAGAGAAAACCAAAGUACAUGCUCCUGAUGUUACCAUUGAUACCACUGUAUACCUUCCGCCACCUCCGAAAUCUUCGGACUCUCACGAUCCUUUUUGUUCCGGCGGAGUGGUAAUGGCCUCAAAAGAUGGGAAGAUAGUUUUUGAGAACACUUUGGAUGCAAGAUUGGAUGUUGCCUUCGGAAAGAAACUGCCAGAGAUCCGAAAGCAGCUUCUUGGAAAAUUAGGAGCAUGAUGAUCGGGAUUUGAAAUUUGCUGUGACAACAAGGCAGCAUGAUCUUCUUUGUAGAUGUAAAGCAUUUCAGCUCCCGGACCUUCUGCUUCCAUGAUUUAAUAAGCUCAGCAAACUUUUCAAGUUUCAUUUCCAUCGAACUUCUCCCUUUGAGAUAGGGCAUCACAUUGUCAUUACUUUUUGAUUAUUUGGGUUUGCCGAAAGAGUGAAUAUGGUAGUAUCUCUUAUUUAUUUCA